AUGUCGGACCAGAAGGACGUCAACAAGGAGGUUACCAGGCUGUGGCGAGCAUGGCGGACAGCCCACGAGAUGGCUGCAGAUCGCGGCUAUGAACUCGCCGAGGACGAACUCACAAUCUCUCUCGAUCGUUUUAAGAUGGAGUACACCAGCGCCGACGGCAGCGUCAACCGCGGCAAGCUCCAGUUCUCUGCGAACCCCUCCGCCGACAUGAUCCGCAAGUUCACACCCCCCGCGACGCCUAAUAACCCGAACCCGACGCCCGAUUGCGGCACCCUCUGGGUCGAGUUCCUCGCCGACACGACCUUUGGCAUCAAGGAGAUCAAGAAGUUCAUCCACCACCUCAUCAGCAACAAGUACUCGUCCGGCAUUAUGGUCACCCACGUCGCUCUCUCCCCCGCCGCCCGCAAGAUGCUCGUCACCAUCGAGUCUUUUGCUAAAGUUGAAUGCUUCCUCGAGGAGGACCUGCUGGUCAACAUCACUCAGCACGAGCUUGUGCCCAAACACAUUCUCCUGAGCCGCGAGGAGAAGAUUGCCCUCCUCAAGCGCUACCGCCUCAAGGAGACGCAGCUGCCGCGCAUCUUGCAAAAGGAUCCGGUCGCCAAGUACCUCGGUCUCAAGCGCGGACACGUUGUCAAGAUCAUCCGUACUUCGGAGACGGCAGGUCGUUACGCCAGUUACAGAUUGUGCGUGUAA